AUGCCUGUUGAGAAGGUGUAUCCGGAGAGGAUCCUGAUCCCGCGUGAUCAGGACGGAAACCUGCCUGACCGUGCGAUGGUCCCCUACUUCAACAUCCAGUUUCCCGACAAUUACCCCGGCAACGGACUUGAGUACAGGCCGUACUUCGACACCAAUCUUGGUAGGCUCUACUACACACCGAGAUCCACCUACCCCACCACGGCAGUUGCCCUGGUCCCGCAGGCUCCUCUGUCCCCCUACGGACUCGGCGAGCUCCACUAUUGGCCCCUGGAAGCCGAUGGUCGUCCCGCCUUCCCUGCCCCGAUCCCGGCCGCCGCCUUCGGCCACUACCAUGCCGCCGGCCCCGAGCACCGUCCGGCCCCUCGGCCGUAUCCGGUUGGCAUCAUCGCCGCACCUCCGCCUCUGCAGCCGCAGCCGCAGCCGCCGCAGCAGCCGGCUCCAGUCCGUCGAUCCGCUCCUCCCCGUCCCGUCGCCAUCGUCGCCAGACGCCCGCCCGCCACCUACCCGGGUGUUCGCUGGGUGACGCAUUGUCCUGAGCCUGGAACUCCCGCGCCCCCUCGGCCCGCGCCCCAGCCCGAGGUCCCCGCCCAUCUCGCCUGGGAGGACAUGAUGCAGCGUCGGCAGAUCGCCAACGACGCCGAGGAGGACUACCGCCGCCUACGCCACCUGGCUGUCGAGAGCUGGGCCGAAAACCGCUAUGGGAACCAGUAG